AUGGCUUACAGCUGGAGAUCAUUCGCGGUGUUGCUCUUCACGUUACACGUGGAAGCAUGCAGGCCUGCGCCCCAACCUUCAACGUCUUGCGACUCGGUUGACCGGGGCUAUCAAUGUCGACCAGAAAUCUCACACUUCUGGGGACAGUAUUCGCCUUACUUCACUGUCCAAUCUGAAAUUGACGCUUCCAUUCCCUCGGGGUGUGAGGUGACCUUUGUCCAGAUGCUGUCGAGACAUGGGGCACGGGACCCAACUGCUUCCAAAACCAAAACGUACAACAGUACGGUAGCGGCUAUCAAAAAGUCAACUACUUCGUACGGUCCCGGAUACGAGUUCAUCAAGGACUACGAGUACACCCUGGGUGCUGAUCAGCUCACCACCUUUGGUCAACAGGAGCUUUUCAAUGCCGGUGUGAAAUUCUUUCACCGGUAUGAAAAGUUUGCUCGCAGUACCCUCCCUUACUUUCGGGCUUCUGGCGAAGAUAGAGUAGUAGAGUCGGCCCAAAAUUGGACCCAAGGCUUCCACCAAGCACGCCUUGCCGCUGGGAACUCUGAUCAAGACCCCUUUCCUUACAACAUCCUCACAAUAUCAGAAGAUGAAGGCUUCAACAACACAAUGAGCCACAGUCUUUGCACAAACUUCGAAGAAGGACCCAACGAUGAGAUCAAGCACAACGCGCAAGCCAUCUGGAAAUCUGUGUGGCUGCCGCCUAUCACAGCCCGCCUCAACAAGAACCUGCCUGGUGCAAAUAUAACUGCAGACCAGACAGUUUCCAUCAUGGACUUGUGCCCUUUCAACACGGUCGCUAACGCUGCUGGGAACAUCUCUGAAUGGUGUUCUCUCUUUACCGAGGACGAUUGGCACGGCUACGAUUACUACGAGUCCUUGGACAAGUACUAUGGAUACAGCUACGGUAACCCGUUGGGCCCAACCCAGGGUGUUGGCUAUACCAAUGAACUUAUUGCCCGCCUGACGAAUUCCAGCGUAGAUGACCACACCAGCACCAACUCAACGCUUGAUGGUUCAGCUGACACGUUCCCGUUGGGUCUGCCACUGUACGCUGAUUUCUCCCACGACAACGAUAUGACUGCUAUCUUCAGUGCCAUGGGCCUGUAUAACGCAACAGCACCUCUUUCGAAUGACACGAUCGAGACAACCGCGGAGACUCACGGGUACAGCGCCAGUUGGACAGUCCCAUUUGCUGCAAGAAUGUAUGUAGAAAAGAUGACUUGUGGAAGCGACGAGGAGCUUGUCAGGGUCUUGGUCAACGACCGUGUGAUUCCACUCCAGAAUUGUGGCGCAGAUGCUCUUGGGCGAUGCACCUUGGAUGCGUAUAUUUCGAGCCUCACAUUCGCACAAAGCGAUGGUGUCUGGGAUCAGUGCUUCACAUAA